AGCCCACUACGCUCACGCUCAGUUUACCGGCGUUUGUCCGUGCCAACCCAUGAGCGCUACGAGUCCGGCGUUGUAACGGUUUAACGGUUUAACGGACGGAGCUGCCACUCUAACCCCAGCAGAGAUGUGGUGUCUGAGCGGGCUGUCGGUGGCCCUCGCCCUCGCUCUGGUCCCCGGACCCGCCGGAGCUCUGAAGGAGGGAGAAUGUGAAGUUUGCGUGACCUUCCUGGAGAAGUUCUAUCAGCAGCUGAAGGACAACAAAGCGACGUUCAACAGCGAAGACAUCGAGAAGGAAAUCAUCAAGAGCUGCAGAGACGCCAGAGGCAAAGAAAACCGCUUUUGCUACUACAUCGGAGCUACCAGCGACGCCGCCACCAAGAUCAUCAACGAGGUCUCCAAGCCGCUCAGCUACCACGUCCCUGUGGAGAAGAUCUGUGAGAAGCUGAAGAAGAAGGACAGUCAGAUCUGUGAGCUCAAAUACGACAAACAGCUGGAUCUGACCACGGUGGACCUGAAGAAGCUGAAGGUGAAGGACCUGAAGAAGAUCCUGGAGGAGUGGGGCGAGUCCUGCAAAGGCUGCGCCGAGAAGUCCGACUUCAUCCGCAAAAUCACCGAGCUGAUGCCCAAGUACGCGCCGGCGGCCGCCAGAGCACGGACAGACCUGUAAACAAAUAAACAAUCACAACAACAACAACAACCUGGGACCUGACCUGGAUCCAGGAGGAGCUUCUGUCCCAUGAGGAUCCUGCACAGAUUCAGAGCUUUAGAUGUUUAAAACCGAGGAGUGGAAACAUUUCUUUAGAUUCUUAUUAAACCUGAUCGUAAGUUUGGAGGAGCUGGAGGUGAUGGAUCUCGUUAAGACGACAAGAAACAUCCAGAAAUCAGAUUAAUUAAAGAAGUCUCAGCUUCAUUUCAAACCAGAGCUGCUCGCUGAUGGUUCGGCUUCUUUUAAUCUGACUUAACGUACAGAUUUGUUCCUUUAUGAGACGUUUUCCACUGCAGGAGCUUCUCUAAUCACCUGUAGAAUUUAGAGAAAAGUGCCAAAUUCACCAUGAAUGCUACAAAACAAACCUCAGCUGUUCUGUUUCUGCUCAGAACCGGAGCUCUGAGUUCCUGCAGCAGAAAAACCAUCAGAUUAAUUAAAAACAUUCACACAGAGCCGAGUAUGUCGCUGAGAAACUACAGAAAAAACUGGAUUAAUAUUAGUUUAAAUGGCAGGAGGAGCCGCUGGUUUGGAGGUUUAGUCGUCUUCUGGGAGAUUCUGGAGUUUAAAUCAUGUUUGCCGGCGGUUUUCUGCCACUUCUGGUGUCGGAGGAUCAACGUGGACGUUCUGAAUUUGUUUUUGGGAGUCAACGACGACAUGUGGAGGCAGAAAGUGGAAAAACAGGCGCCUGAAAGCACCUUCAGCUCCUCCGGUUUGAUAGAUUAGGCCUCUUUUCUUUAAUCUGAAUUAAAAUUUGUACAUAUGAGUUGAAAUGACCUUUAGUUGUCCCCUGGGGCAUUAAGGACUUUAAAUCACGUCAGAUUCGCUGUCUGAAGCAGCUUUUCUGCAUAUUUCUGUUGUUUUUUUGCCACUUCUGGUGUCGGAGGAUGAACGUUUUGAAUCAAACAGCAGAAAAUGGAAAACCGGCGACAGAAUCCACCGUUCAGCUCCUCCGAUUUUUAGCUCUUUUUUUUUUAUUAUUUGAAGCAAAAUUUGUCCAAAAUCUGAGUUUCAGUGACCUUUAGGAGCUGCUAGUUUGGAGGUUUGUUCAUCUUCUGGAGGAUGAUGGCGUUUAAAUCAUGUUUACUGAUGUUUUUUUUUUUUUGCCACUUCUGGUGUCAUCGGAUCGACGUUUGACGGCAGAAACUGAAAACCGGCGACAGAAUCCACCUUUCAGCUCCUCAGAUUUAACAUAUUGGCCCUCGUUUGUUUAAUCUGAACCAAUUUGUACAAAAAACGAAAGAAAGCGUCGACCUUGAGGUGUCCCUCGUAUCGUUUUGCACAAAAAUCCAACCGACACGGAGGAGUUUUCUUCAUCUGUCAGCAGAGCUAGAGGAUAUUUAUUCCGGUUUUCUUCUUCUUGUUUGGUUUCUGGUCUGAUUGUUUUGUUCUGAAUCCUCCUCCAUCCACGCUGAGUUCAGGCUACAGACUCUGAAGGGAAACAGACGGUUUGUUCGUCUCACUCUGAGUUUUCAUGUUGUUACCGCUCUACUAUUCUACUUUUUCAUAAAAUUAUGAAAAACUCA